ACACCGUCUCUCGCUCAAACACACACAUAUUACUGUUGCUCUCACAUUUUUUUAGUCCUAAUGUUGAACAAAGUCCAUCUUUUGCUACAAUUACGUGACAAUGUAUGGAGAGGGUGGGGGUUACGUUUGUCUGCUGGCACAAUGUCAAAACAGAUCCAAGCUCGCCGGCUGGAGGGAGUAGAUGAAAAUAUCUGGGUUGAAUUUGUUAGCCUCGCUGAUGAAUAUAAAACGGUGAAUCUCGGCCAAGGAUUCCCUAAUUUCUCUCCUCCAACCUACGUGAAGGAAGCUUUUUCCAAAGCUAUUACUGGAGAGAACUCUGUGCUGAACCAGUACACAAGAGCCUUUGGUCACCCGCCGUUGGUGAGGGUCAUUGCGCGCUUGUUUGGACAACUGCUUGGGCACGAGUUGGACCCUAUGUCUAAUGUGCUGGUGUCCGUUGGUGCAUACGGAGCUCUGUUCUGUGCCUUCCAGGCGCUGGUGGAUGAAGGUGACGAGGUCAUUAUAAUUGAACCAUUUUUUGAUUGCUACGAACCGAUGGUGAAAAUGGCUGGAGGGAAAUGUGUGUUCGUCCCUUUAAGACCAAAACCCACAGGUAAAGAUGAAUCCCUAAGCAGUGGGAAGUGGCGUCUUGAUAUCGAUGAGUUGGCAGCGAAUGUCACCAAACGCACCAAGGUUAUUGUCAUAAAUACUCCAAAUAACCCUUUGGGGAAGGUGUUUGACAAAGAGGAGCUGGAAGAGAUUGCUGACCUGUGUGUGAAACAUGACAUUGUGUGCUUUAGUGAUGAGGUGUAUGAAUGGCUGGUGUACGACGGAAAGCAACAUAUACGUAUUGCCAGUCUCCCGGGGAUGUGGGAGCGCACCAUCACUAUUGGCAGUGCCGGAAAGACAUUCAGUGCCACCGGAUGGAAGGUCGGAUGGGCAUUUGGACCUGAUCAUCUUUUGAAGCAUCUUAGGACUGUGCACCAGAACACUGUGUAUCACUGUGCGACGGCAGCCCAGGAUGCCGUGGCGCAGGGGUUUCAGAGGGAGCUGGACAGGUUGAAUAAGCCGGAUUGUUACUUUGUGCAGCUACGGGACGAGUUGCAGGGGAAGAGAGACCGUUUGUAUCGCUGCUUAAGUGAAGUGGGAAUGAGACCUGUGAGCCCCCAGGGAUCGUACUUCAUGAUUGCUGACAUCUCUCGCUUCAAAUCUCAGGUGCCACCUCCCUCGGACCCGAGUGUACCCUAUGAUUACCACUUUGUUAAAUGGAUGAUGAAGAACAAGCGAUUGGCAGCUAUACCAAUGUCGGCAUUCUACAGCGCACCACAUAAGAAGCAGUUUGAGAACUUCAUCAGGUUUUGCUUUGUGAAGGAGGCUACAACAUUGGAAGAAGCAGAGAAAAUCUUAAGAAGUUGGAGCAACGAAUCUGAAUCCUCAGAAAACCUCAUGAGGUUUUUGACACCCCCACCUCCAUAUCUGUACCUGGCUGUGACUCCGUGCCCCAGUAAUGGAUCAUGCCACUUUUUGGACUGUGGCAUCUGGGGACCCGAGAACUUUCCAAUGACAUCCUGGAGAGGAGUGACUGAUCCCUCUCCCCAGCAGCUUGGCGUGAUCCAGGGAAAAGAGGUCAGCAUCCUCAACCACCGGCAGCAGUGGCCAGCCAUCAAAAUGGAAGGGAGUUUGGGGCUGGACCAUCCAGCUAGAUCAAAGCCAUACCAGUGGGGGAGAUGUAACAGAAGCCUCUGUUACUUUCUGAGAGGAACGCAGGCCAGCCUCCUCCCCACCAACUAUGGACCCUGGAACUUGGGAGGAUUCUGUCUUUUGGAAAGCGGGUGCCCCAAUAACUUGUGGAGGGCUUUUGCCCUGGUGUCUGGGUUGCCCCGUUUCCCAGAGACUCUGGGAGGUGGAGGACGCUGGUGCCGAAUUGGGGUUCCUGUGGCUGUGGAGGCAACCAAGGGUGCCCCUGACAUCCCCACAGCAGAAGGGCCAGAGCUGAGCUCUGAGAAAGAGAUUGGUCGCUGCCCUCCACCAUCACCACUGGAUUAUACUGGAGAAACGGUGGAUACUGUAGGGCUGGACUUUGUCCCUGUGGUCCUGGAGGAGGCUGAGGUGGUCCCCUGUGUCAAACCAGCAGAGGAGCUGGCAGGGGGACAGAGCACCUAUGGCCUUUGCCAACAGCUAUUAUGCAUCCCAGAGCCAGGUUGGGACAGCCUUGGAAUAGUAGCUGGGGUCCAUCUAGCAGUGGAGCUGGCAACUGGGCAGGACAAUGAAAAAGUUGACUGGAGGAAGCAGAAAUUGCAAAAGAAAGAAGAGAAGAAGAAAUGGAGAGAGGAGAAUCUUAUAAGGAAAUUGGAGAAGGCCCAGCAGCUGGCGGCAGAUAAACAGGAGGAUGAGGUGCGGAAAGAACGGAAAGGUCGCCAACAAACACUGACUGUGGCGUUACCAGGCUCGAUCAUGGACAACGCUCAGUCCCCAGAACUGCGCACGUAUCUGGCUGGACAGAUAGCACGUGCCUGUGCAAUAUUCUGUGUGGAUGAAAUUGUGGUGUUCGAUGAGACUGGGGAAGGAUCAAAGAGUGUGGAAGGGAACUUCGAAGGAGUUGGGAAGAAGGGUCAAGCCUGUGUGCAGCUGGCACGGAUACUGCAGUAUCUGGAGUGCCCCCAAUACUUAAGAAAAUCAUUUUUCCCAAAGCAUCCAGAUCUGCAGUUUGCAGGCCUCCUUAAUCCGUUAGACAGUCCUCAUCAUGUCAGGAUUGAUGAGGAAUCAGAGUAUCGAGAGGGAGUGGUACUAGAUCGGCCAAUCAAACCAGGCAAAGGAUCCUUUGUCAACUGUGGCAUGCGGAAGGAGGUGCAAAUAGACAAACAGCUGCAGGUAGGACUGCGGGUCACUGCGCGUUUACACAAAGAUAAUCCAGAUCACAGAGUACGGAGAGGAGUUGUGGUUUCCCCGCAGCAGCCAAGAACUGAAGGUGGCUUAUACUGGGGCUACAGAGUGCGACUGGCGUCCUGCCUCAGUGCGGUUUUCUCUGAAUGUCCCUUUAAAGAUGGCUACGACCUCUCCAUAGGGACCUCAGAGCGAGGAAGCAACGUGGAGUCUGUAACUCUGCCAGCUUUUAGGCAUGCAUUGGUUGUAUUUGGAGGUCUUCAUGGGCUGGAAGCCAGUGUGGACAGUGACCAAAACCUGGAUAUAUCGGAUCCCAGCGUGUUGUUUAAUUUUUACCUAAACACAUGUCCCGGACAAGGCAGCCGUACAAUCAGAACUGAGGAAGCCAUACUAAUCUCGCUGGCCUCCUUGAAGCCCAGGAUAGAUUCUGUGAUUUCCAAUUCCACGGGAAGCUGAAAGCGCAUUGUACGUCUUCUGGUCUCUUUACGAACUUAAUUUGGUGCAUUAGGUUGGAGAACCUUUUUUGAAUGCGCCGGAGAAUAAUGUUAUUAGAUGUCGUCAUUAGAGGAUUAAUACAUUCAGUUAAUUCCGUGCUGCGUUUGGUGAAGAAAGUAUUUUCCAAUAAAAAAAAUGUAUUCUUCGUUAUUAUUCUUUAUAUUUAUGACCACUUAUGUAAGGGCCAUCCUAAGUUUAAUUCAUCUGACAUCAGAUAGUAGGAAGGACAGAGUUAAUAAAUCUCAUAAAAACAAA